AUGUCAGUUGAAGACAUCUCAUCAGAUCUGAUAUCAUUAAAAUCGAUAUCCAACCUUCAAGCUUCGAAUUUUAAAAUAAUUUAUGAUUCAAAUGCGAACAUCAACAAAACUACAGUUUCUCUGCAAUUAGACUCAUCACAAGUUAACAUAGAUAUUAUAAAUGUCACAGGAAAUGUAAGUUUCGGAGCACAAUUUCAAGGUUUAAAAAUUUCACUUGAAAAUGACAACAAAAUUCAAUUAAACGUUUUCAAAUGCCACGUAGAUUUGAAUUUCUACAUGAUUACCCCUCAUUCUACACUUAAAAUUUGGCAAUAUUUUGUUUCACAAGCCAUGCUCAAAUCAUUCAUCCAUUUCAACCUUGUUGAGCCAACAAAUAUAAUUGCCAGCAGAUUUCCAGUACAUUCUAUUUUGAAUCACGGAAUAUCUCCACAACACGUGCAAUUUUACGUUCACUCCACCAAUGAUAUCAAUUAUAUGUCAGAAUACAUGUCAAAUUUGGUACAUUUCGACUUAAAAAACUCAAAUGCAAAUUUCAUAUUGGCAAAUCUUUCAUAUUUACAAUAUUUGAAUGCGUCAAACUCAAAUAUCACAUUCAACAAUGUAGACAAAAUGAAUUUCAUGAUCUUUUCUACAAAACUUUCAAAUUCUAAUAUUUAUACCGGAGAAAACAAUGUUUUGGUUAUGAUAGACUUGGAUUUCUACAAGUCUAAUUACUAUGGGAACUAUUAUAUGAUGAGAAACUUCAGAUUUACAGGUGGAUUUUCUUAUUUCCAAAAUGUAACGAUUUCUGAAUUUAUUUCGAUCACUUUUGCAGGACAUUCAUCCGCAAUGUCAUUACAAAUUGAUAAUUUCCAUGACGGAAGUGAAAAAUAUUUUAAUUUUAAUAUAAAAUCUAGUACUAAGUAUUAUCGCAAUAUUAUUUGCAGCAAACAGAAGAAUUUCAUGCAAAAGGAGACAAUGAAGUUCAUUGAUAGCGAUACAAUCAAGUUUUAUGAUAUUUUAUAUCAUGAAUCAGAAAAUGAAGGAAAUUAUUGUAUAGAUUUGAAUCGAACUGAUGAUGGAAACUAUAAAGAACAUCUUAAACUAUGUUUCGUUGACAGUUUCUAUUUUUGUCCGGAUAAUUACAUAAUUGAUGAUAAUUUACAAAAAUAUCAUCCAAAUGAGUCAUCAAUUGUUGAUAUUUAUAUAUCUAAUCAGAGUGUACAUACAAUAGACCUCUCUGAUUGUCACCAAGACGUAAGAAUUGAAUGGGAAAAUGCAGAAUUAGAUAAAUUAGACUUAAACAUCAAAGGAACAUCAUUUAAAUCAUUGAAACUGAUUGGUAUCAAUGCUUAUUUUAACAAUGAUAUCAAUAUUGGUACUGUUUCCCUUAUUCAUUCUGAUAUUUAUUCGAAUUUUUCUGUUUCAGUGACAGAAAUGAAAUUUGAUACGUACUCGGACUUCAGAAGUACAAAUUAUACCAUUAAAGGGUAUGAAUUGUUGAAUUACUCCCCAAAAAACAUUAGUUUUGAGAAUGAUGGGAUUAUUAUUGAUGACAGAAGAUUCCGCAGGAGCCAAACAAUUACUAUUGAUAAUAACCUGCCUUGGAUUACAGAAAUCAAUCUAAAUUCGCAAUCUCCUGGCAAUGUAUUUCUCAAAAACAACCAUCCGAACUCUGUCAUUAUAAUUGACUCCAGAAAUUCAUCAGCAGUUGAAUCUUUGAGGAUUGAUCCGUGUGGAACUGUUGCUUUUCGUGAUGUUGCCGGAAAAAUUCCAAUUAAUUUCACGAUUUCAUCUGAAACUCAAUUUAUUAUACCAGAAAACUUCAGUGUUGAGUUUGAUCAGAUAGAAAUCAUGAACCCUUUGAAUCUUUUGCUUGAUAAUAACAUAAAAGUAUCGAAUAUUAAAAUUUCUCAAGCAGGAAGGGUCAUCGGUGGCACGUUGAAUACUCAUGAUUUGUAUUUGGACUCAUCCGACUAUUUAAAUGUCGGAACUUUUUCGGCAGAUAAUAUUAAUUUUUCAGAAAACGCGUUUGCAAGGCUAACUUACAAUCCAGAUGAAUCAGGAAAUAUCAUUAUCCCAUUUAACUCUUCUUCUAUCCCUUAUAUUGAAAUGGAUUUGCAAGAAUCUAAAAAAGGUGAAAUAGAAUUUGUUGCAACAGAUACACAACAAAUAGCUGUUAGUUCCAGCAUCAAAGACUUCAAAGUUAUUGUUCUAAAACUUUCCAAAUCAAAAUGUAAAAAUUGGAAAACAAAAAUUUCAUCAAAAUCAACAUUUGAUAUAGGAUCAAUAAUAGACACAAGCUGUGUCAUUGAAAACAAACAAGCCGUGUUCUAUCUCGUCAAGAAACAGAAUAUGAAGACUUGGCUCAAAAUUGUUAUUAUUAUUUCAUCAGUUGUUGGAUUCAUUUUGUUAGUUACAUUCUCAGUUUGCGUUUAUGCGAAGAUAAAGAGGAGAAUUGAGCUCAAAUACUUGAAUAGGAUUUAUGACGAACAAUCUGAAUCAAGAAAUAGCGAACAUGGUGAUGAUAUAGAUUUUUAA